ACAGUGAGAGAGAGGUAACUGUUAAGUGGCUCUUACCUGAGUCGGGAACUCUCCAGUCGACCGGGCUGCUCCGUCCGAGACGGAACCUCCCCCAACCCCGUCGUACCGUGAACUACAUAUUUUUUUUUCUUUUUUUUUUUCCAAAGUUUUGUUACCCCAAGUGUCUAACUCGUUCCCUCUCGUGUUUGUCUAUUGGCGAAUUACAAAAGACCGUGCACCGAUUUGAUUUCACGCGAUUUUGUUUGUUUGUUUUGUUUUCAAACGCGGAUCUUGGCCAGGGGGAAAUAAAGUUGAACCCUGGUGAAUAAUAAUUUUUAAAAGAAUCACGUGUUAUUCUUCUAUUUGGUUGCAGACUAUUUUUGUUACCUGCGCCGGUAGUUUGUGUCGUUGACUACCGAGUUUCACUCAGUGCCGUGCCAGUACCACAAAGACUGUAAAUCGCAAUCUAUUUGAUUCUUCCCUUUUUUUCUUUUUUUUUUUUUGUGUGUGUUGGGGUCGUAAUCGAAAAAAAGAAAAAAAAAUCCCGAGGCUACGACGACGAUCGACGCCGGCGACCGGGCCCCCCUUCUUCUUUUUUGUUGUUGUUGUUGUGACUGUCGUCUCAAUAAAAUAAAAAAAAAAAGAAGAAGAAAAUUGAGAGAAAGACCAAACUACAAAAAGACUAUAAUAAAUAAGAAAAAAAAGAAAAGAAAUAAUAAUAAGAGAAGAAACAAAAGCGAAGAAGAAGAAAAAAAAAAAUUUUUAAUAAAACGGACGACACGGAGAAAGGGAUUCAGCUGCGGAAGUUUGUUUCUAUUACCGAUGCAGGAUAUCAUUCAAAUGUGCAGCAGCUUUGAUGCCAGCAAGUCGACCAAGGGGGCCAGCAAGCUGCGGCGUGACCUGAUCAACACAGAGAUAGGCCACCUGCGUGACCUGCUUCCCUUGCCGGCCUCAACACGUCAACGUCUCUCUCAGCUACAGCUGAUGGCCUUAGUAUGUGUCUACGUCAGGAAGGCUAACUACUUCCAGCAAGUUUUCAAACGACACGACCUCGGCCAAAUGCCCACGCCCAGCAUCGGCUUCUCCAAGGCGAUGAACGGUUUCCUCAUGAUGAUGACACAAAACGGCAAGCUCCUCUACAUAUCCGACAACGCCGCCGAAUACCUCGGACACUCUAUGGAGGAUUUGCUGAUUCACGGCGACAGCGUGUACGAUAUCAUCGACAAGCAAGACCAUCAGAAUGUGCAAAACGAACUGGGACGACCGCCGGCCAGCGUGGCUGGACCUCACGCCGUUGUUACGCCCGCCGACGACGGCCGCAUUUUCCUAUGCCGCAUGAAUGUAUCGCGCAACGCUCGUAGGCAAAUGCGCUUCGGUGAUCAAAAGGUGAUCCUUGUCGAGGGCCACUUUGUGUCCUACCUGCCGCUGUGCACGCGCAACGAACCGGUGCUGAUCGCCACUUGCACGCCGGUCGCCAUGCCGGAGACCCGCGAGUGCGUCGUCCAGGGAGCCACCAACAUUUUUACAUCGGUUCAUAAUAUGGACAUGAAAUUCGCUUCCAUCGAUGCCAGUGGCGAAUUCUACCUGGGCUAUUCACGGCAAGAGCUGCUCGACGUGUCGUGGUACCAGCUCCUUCACUGGGAUUUCAUGAGAGAAGCCCAAUCCAAGCACAGAUUAAUCACCCAAUCGGAGCAAGAUCGAUCCUGCAUUCUGCUCGUGCGACUGCAGCGACGCAAUGGCACCUGGCUAUGGAUUCAUUGCGUUUUACAGGUUAAGGACGCAACCGAAGCUGGCCAACAACCCGUCAUUAUCUGUACGAAUCAGGUUCUCAGUGAAAGAGAAGCCCAGGUGAUGCGAGCCAACAGCUGGCUUUAUCAUUUCUAUCUGGUGCAGACGAAACUACAGUACGGCAUGAAUUAUGAGGGCCAGCCAGCGGCGCAGCAACAAGCCAGUACGUCCCGUUCGUCAGCUUCUGCCUCUUCGCCUGGCGGCGGUUAUGGGUACUCGCAUUUGAUGAAUAAUCCGAGUCCCGUGCCGUCGUCUUGCAGCGCGUCCGGUGACACGUCCAACACUCCACAGCCGGUCCAUUUUCAGCAGCAACAACAACAACAACAACAGGCACAGCAUCUCGUUCCUCCGCCCCUAACGUCCCCCCUGUACGUCCCCCCGCCACCUCCACACCACCACCACCACCACGCGCACAAUCAUUUGUACUCGUCGCCCGUGAUGGAUACAUAUCAGCAUUUUGCUUUGCAUCCGCAACAGCAGCAGCAACAGCAACAGCAUCAGCACCAUCAACAUCAACAUCAUCAUCAUCAUCAUCAACAACAGCAGCAACAGCAGCAGCAACAGCAUCACAUCCACCCGCAAAGCGGAUCUUCCAAUACGACAUCUGGCAAUGCGAGUAAUCCGCAUUUCGCCUUCGCUCCGUCGCCGAAUGCUGGACACCAUCAAACUUAUUCGGCCGUUGGAGGACCUUUCGCUCUCGGUCCGCAAGAGCCCAGCCCGUAUCAUUCCGGUCACCACCAACUGCAGCACAACAUCAAAACGGAAGCGUAUCUAUCGGAUAUCGGUGACCGGCCGGAAUUGGGAGGCUAUCACAUCAAAAUGGAAGCGAAAUCGGACGAAUUCCAGCAGGCGUCUGCGAUGGAUUCGACGGCAAUGGGAUCUGGCGUGUACGGAUCCAGCGCUGUCAAAGAGGAACCCGUAGUUAUCGAAUCGCCGGAAGAUCCGAUGAGCCCAGCGUCAUCGCCGCCGCGCAAACGGUACAGACUGAUGGCCGCCACCUUGCCCAGUUCCACUCCGCCGUCGGCGUUCCCUCCCAACGGAAGCGGAAGCGUCGGGGAGAAUCAACAGUUGCACCAGCAAACGCAUCCGCAACAGCAUCAACACCAGCAGAACGAUUGGCAUCGAAACCACCGCAACGAUCAUCAUCCGCAUUCCGGUUACGGCCAAUCGGUCUGGCCCAACGCCGGAUGGAUCAACACGAGUUAUCCGGUCGGAUUGGCCCAGCUGGAAGAGGCGGGCUACGAUAGCCCCGACAUGGCCUACGAUCGCGAUAGUUCCUUCUCGCCAUUGAUCGGAAUAUCCAUCGGAAGGGCAUCGUCUCCCUUAUCGGCCUCCUCGCCAUCCAACCACGCCCAGCAGCAGAGAAGAUUGUUGCUGCGCCGCAAGCAACACCAGCCGGCCUCCGCCAUGGAUUCGUCCGAUUGUUUACCGCACGGCCGCUACCAUGCGGCCGAGACGAUUCAACGCGUGUCGGAUGUCUCCAUCACGAUGCCUCCGGAAUUGUCGCCUCUGGGUUACGUCCUGACACCGGCGCCUACGCCGCCAGACGCCGAAGAAGCGCCUUCCGUUUCCUACCCCCAGAGCGGCAGCAUCGUUGAGAUGGAGCAGCGGGUGCCGGCCUCGUUGUCGUCGGAUCCGGAGGGGGCCCACAGCAGCAUGAGUUUCAUCAACGCGGCCAUUUUGAGUGGUCAGAACGACUUGGUUGAGAACCAAGCCAUCCUGCUCGUUCCGGCCAAUCGCCAUUAUGUGUAUCAUGCGGCCUCGUCCAGUGCGGCGUCUGGGGCGUCGGCAGCGUCGGCCGCGCCACCCGUCGAAACGGCGUGUGAUCCCACUCAUCCUACACCGUCGGCCGAUUACCAUACGCCGGCCACGCCUACCAGUAUGGAUUAUCCUAAGCCUUAAUUUGAGCGCGCUCAACGCGCGUUAAACGUCCAGCACGUUGUCGACUUUGCCUUGCAAGUAUUUUUUUCUUUUUUUUUCUUUAUUUUUUACUCUUUAAGUGUCUUGUGUAUGGCAUAUUGCCAACUGAAUGGCAUUAACUGACUAGUAGCAGGAUUUUUUUUUCUUUUAUUAUUUCAUUUUCUCUCUUUUGUUUAAUUACUUUAAAAAAAAGAACAUUUUUAAAACAAAUUAUCCACAAUUUUAGUUGGCAGAGAAAGAUGAACGGACAUCCUCUUUUGCUUCAAAAAUUAGGCCUACUAUGUGUGAUCACGAAUAUUUUUUUUUCUUUUUUUUUUCGUUUUUUUAGACGAUUCAAUCCCUAAUAUAGUGGUAUACGAUCCCGUAAAUGGACUUUAAUUUGGUUCUAAACCAGCCAGCACUUUAAUUCCUUUUUUUUUUUUUUUUUUAAGUUUUCCUUUUUUUUUUUUAUUUUAAAAAAAAUUGUUGUCUUUGUGAAGUGUUUUAAAAAUGCGCUCCGUCCUUUUAUGUGAACGUGAAUUCUGACACGUGAUUGCCCACCAGUUAAAAAGAUCCUGAAACGAUACUCGCCGCCUGUUUGCAUGACGCAAUCAUCGACAUUCCUUCAUCUUUUCCUAAUCCAAAUUUAAGUAUGCAAAUGAUUUAAAAAAAAAAAUUAAUAAUAAUAAUAAUAUGAUGUUUGAAUAAUCUAUUAAAGAAAACAAACUCCCCGGUGAUGGUAUUUUGUUGCCAAUCUUGCUUUAUACGAUGAAAACCAAAUGGGAUUUCUAAUUAAUCUGCCAUUAUGAAUUUAUGUUCAUGUUCGUCUCAAUCUAUCUCCAUCGCUGUUAGUGCAAUAGUGUUAAUUCUCCAAUGCUGUAGCGGAUAGGAUUUUUUAAAAACAACAACAACAACAACAACAAAAAAAACAUCUUCGCAUAGCCACCUCUCCAAAAAGAAAAAAGAAAACAAAUCCCAUCACGUCUUCCUUCCGUACGUAAAUCAUGACAGCGAUCUCUUGAUGAAGGCGCCACCCCAUUUUUAUAGCCGUAACGGGGGAGAAAAAAUAAUAAGAAAUAGAAAAAAAAAAAAACUAGCCUCUACUCGAGCGGUUGUGGCCUUAUUCGACUGUAAAAGAUGUGAAGUGAAUCAUCUUUCAUCUCCACUUUGCCACUUUCUUUUUUUUUUUUGUUUGUUUGUCUUAUUUCCUCUUUUCGCAAAUUUAUCACACUUUUCCGUCCCUCCCGAAAAAAAAAACGGGGCCUCAAAUAUUUUUCAAUGAUUGCUAUGUAGCCCAUAUAUUAUCAGAGAUACAAAUAAAAAUAAAAACUAUGAUUUAAAACGA